AUGUCCUCCAAUUCGGCAUCCUCAAGCUGUUGUGGCCGUCCAUCACUCUAUUUGUCAUUGACUCUGAUUAUAGAGCCUCCUCCUUCCCCAAAAAUCAGUCCGACUGUGUCUCCGCAGCCAUGGAUAGCCAUUGGGACUGUGACAGACACUUUCUUCGAAUGGCUGAGCACAUUUCGAAGGAAAGGGCCACCUCUGCCACCUGUUCGGAAUCCGCUGUUGUUGGAUUCGGCCGUGAACCUGGCUGUCAAAAUUAGGACAAAGCAGGUGAGUAGCGUGUCCGUUGUUCGCGCGUACAUGCAGCGAAUAGACGAAAUCCAGCCGGCUGUGAAUGCUGUGGUGGAUCGUCGGUUUCGAGAGGCCCUGGAAGAGGCGCAGAGGGCAGACGACCUCGUCACUUCAGGGGAGAAGAGCGAGGAAGAGCUGGAGAGGGACACGCCCCUCCUCGGGGUGCCACUUAGCGUCAAGGAGGCUAUCGCUGUGAAAGGUAUGCUCUUUACUACUGGAGUUGUGCAGCGUCGAGGCUUUCGAGCGGAAGAGGACGCGGAUGUGGUGGCAAGCUUGCGCAGGGCCGGCGCUAUACCCAUCGUAGUGACGAACACCAGUGAGCAGUGCUUUUGGAUGGAAUCCUACAAUAACCUGUAUGGGAGAACCAAUAAUCCCUAUGACCCUGAAAGAACGCCAGGAGGAAGCAGCGGUGGAGAAGGUGCCCUCUUGGCUUCAGCUGGCUCCGUGAUUGGAGUUGGCAAUGACAUUGGUGGCAGUAUACGGAUACCUGCUUUCCUCAAUGGCGUCUUUGGUCACAAACCCUCCAGAGGCAUUGUGCCCAACCGUGGACACUUCCCUCCUACAGAGCCGAUAUUGCAGCAAUAUAUAGGCACAGGACCGAUGUGUCGCUACGCGUCUGAUCUGAAGGUCAUGUUAAAGGUCAUGGCAGGCGCAAAUGCACAAUAUCUUCAAUUAGACAAAGAGGUGUCUUUGAAAUCUUUGAAAGUGUUUUAUAUGGAAAACGACGGGGAUCCUCUUCUUACACUUCCUGUGGCAGAAAGUGUGAGAAAUGCUUUACGAAAAGUCAUUGCUCAUUUUCGCAAGAUAUGCGACGUACCGCCACAGAAGGUCCACAUUCGAGGCUUGAAGCGCAGCUUUCAAGUCUGGGCGCACGCUUUGUCUGCUGUGGUUGCAGACGUGGCGACAAUCGAAUCCCGAGUUUUUGGCGAAGACGUCACCGGCGAUCCCUGGAAGGAGUAUUUCUUAGGACUCUUCGACAGAUCCCAAUACUCAUUACCAGCCACUUCGACAGUCCUGGUGGAGAGAUACCUGGCGCCACGAUCCAAAGCUGAUGCCGAGCCCUACCUUCGGAUCCGUAGGAGGAUGGAGGAAGAUUUCAGGCAGCUACUCCAGGACGAUUGCGUGUUUAUCAUGCCAACUUUGCCACGCCAUGCCAGCAGGCACUAUGCCGAGGUUUUGCGGCCUCAGAACUGUGGAUACGUCGCAGCUUUUAACGUCCUAGGUUUGCCUGCGACGCAUUGUCCUGUUGAACUGGACGAUGACAGACUGCCAGUUGGAGUUCAAGUUGUGUCUGGAUGCAGAAACGAUUAUCUGAAUUUGGCAGUUGCCAGAGAGAUUGAGAGAGAAUUUGGAGGCUGGAUUUGCCCAGGGCCUCUUGUUUAA